AUGAAAUUUACGGACUCAAGUGCAAAAUUAACAUAUUCGUGUGUAAUCGUUUUUAAAAUAUUAUCAUUUUAUUUGAUUAUUUCGGAGAGUCAUGUUGUAGAAAAUAGUCACCUAAACAUUUCUACUAGUACUACUAAUUCUUCAGCUGAUGAUGAGGAAUUUGAUCCAUACUCACCUCUGGUCAAAUGCUCCUAUCUAAGCAACGAGUUUUUAGUUUGUGAAAAUCAUGGGAUAGAUCUGAAAGGAAACACUACAGCAAAGGAGGAGCUUGGUUAUGGGUGUGUCAAGUUCGGAGGACAAAAAUAUGAGAAAGUAGAGAGGUCUAGAGUCAUGUGCAAAGUGCUUGAUGGGAUUGAAUGCUUCGGUGAAAGGACAUUUUUAAGUCUUAAACAAUAUCCUUGUAUCAAGUACACUGGGCACUAUUUUGUGAACACAUUAAUUUAUUCAUUCCUUCUUGGUUUUCUUGGUAUGGAUCGGUUUUGUUUGGGACAUACUGGAACAGCAGUCGGAAAGUUACUAACAUUGGGUGGUCUUGGUGUUUGGUGGGUGGUGGAUAUCAUUUUGCUGGUGCUUGGGGAACUUAAUCCGGCCGACGACAGCAACUGGGUCCCUAUUUAUUAA